AUGAAGUUCAGUCCAUUUGUUACUUCUGACCGAAGCAAGAACCGCAAGAGGCACUUCAAUGCCCCCUCACAUGUUCGUAGAAAGAUUAUGUCCUCUCCCCUCUCCAAGGAGUUGAGGCAAAAGUACAAUGUCCGCUCCAUGCCCAUCCGCAAGGAUGAUGAAGUACAGGUCGUACGUGGGCACUACAAAGGCCAGCAAAUUGGCAAAGUUGUCCAGGUGUACAGAAAGAAAUACGUCAUCUACAUUGAACGUGUACAGCGUGAAAAAGCUAAUGGCACCACUGUCCAUGUUGGUAUCCACCCCAGCAAGGUGGUGAUCACCAGGCUAAAGCUUGACAAGGAUCGCAAGAAGAUCUUGGAACGCAAGGCCAAGUCUCGCCAAGUUGGCAAAGAGAAGGGCAAAUACAAGGAGGAAACAAUUGAGAAGAUGCAGGAGUAA